AUGGCAAACCAGCCUCAAUUCUCGAUCCUGGUGAUCAACCCCAACACUUCAACUUCUAUGACAGAAGCCUUGAAACCUAUCCUUGAAAGCCUUCGAUAUUCAGAUAUCCACUUCGACUAUUUCACAGCACCGUCGACAGAAUCCGUGACUCUCGACCAACGCACCAUCCACGGCAUCUCUAGCAUCAAUUCCGGGGAAGAUUCAGUGGCUUCAGCUUUACACUGCAGGUUGUUUGUCGAGCCUCUUGUGUCUAAAUACGAUGGCUUCCUAGUGGCUUGCUACUCAGCCCACCCGCUCGUGGGCAUGCUGAAAGAGGCUAUCCAAAAAUAUGAAGAAACACAACCCACGGGCCCGCGGAAAUACGUGACGGGUAUAUUCGAAGCCAGCAUCGUCACAUCCUUGUCCUUGAUCAGCUCAUUCCAAAUGAUUGGAGAGCCAGGUCUCCACAAAGCCCAGGCCCCAGAUACGUUCGGAAUCGUAUCGACGGGCAACACCUGGGAAACUGAGCUCAGCUAUGCAGUCAAGGACAUGCUCAUCAGCUCCGGAAGUGACAUUAAGGCCUCGAAUAUGCGCUUUGCCGGCGUAGCCACUACGGGUCUUACUGCCGUUGAGCUUCAUACCACCCCGCCUGAAGAGGUGAGACGGAGGAUCAGCGAUGCAACGGAGCGACUUCUUCAGGGUACUUCAGCGCCUGUCAGUGCAAUCUGUAUGGGAUGCGCUGGUAUGGCUGGCAUGGACGAGGCUGUGCGAGAGGGCUGUGUUAAAGCUUAUGGCAAGCAGCAAGGGAAUCGUGUGAGGAUUGUGGAUGGUGUAGUGGCCGGGGCUGGGAUGUUGGUGACAGCUUGUAAAGCGGGAUUCUAG